AUGAGAAAUCUACUACUCAUUUUUGUCUUUUGUACAUUUGCGUCCUCAUGGGUUAUCUACAGAAAAAGUCAUAAGAAGCGACUCAUUUGUCGGGAAGAGACAGAAUGGACAAACUCCACUGCAAACUACAUGACUAAUUCAGCAAUUCGAUCCACAUCGGAUGAAGACGUGGACGAUAGUUCAGCGUCGUCGGAAACCAGAAGAGCCCGCAAGAAGGUCAGAUCCAAGAGAGAUAUCGAAGUGGAUCCAGUGCACAAGGAGCCAAUUAUUUAUCUGGGAACAUCCAGCAACUCGACAGUUUUCAUCGAUGAUGGAGACUUUGACAUUGUGUCGGAUCAAUUGACAAAGGAGGAACUUGACAUGGUCAAACAACAAAUAAUGGACACAUGCAACGCAUUGUACUCUGUUUAA